UCCCAAACGUGCAAAAGUUAUUAAUUGCACAAUAGCCAAGAGUGGAAGAAAGAGGCGGCAACGUGUGGGAGGGCUGAAGGGGCGUUACGUGGCCCAAGUCUCAGAGCAAUCAAUAGGACUUACUUCCAGGUGGAAGAUGGCCACUAAAAAAGACCCCCUGUGGCUUGACUUAAGAACUAACUGCCCUGAAUAUGUCAUAAAUGUAGGGAAAAUAAUAUUUGGUGAGAACCAAAGAAGCCGCAAGAAGAAAGCUCGGACAGAGAAACUAGAUCAUCAAGAAACUCUUCUCCUCCGAGCUGCCUGUGCCUUGCUGAACUCUGGGGGAGGAGUGAUAAGGGCCGAAAUUGAAAAUGAAGACUAUUCCUAUAAACUACACGGGCUUGGUCUAGACAUAGAAAAUUCCUUUCGGGACCAUAUUCAAUCCGAUACCUUCUCUGACUACUUUGAUACAGUCCAGGAUGAUUCUUGUUUGCAGAUUUGGGUCAAAACUUGGAGUCGUGAGAGCUUAUCGCAACCCAUAGGAAUAUCAAAGACUCGUCUUUGUUGCUUGGGAACUGGGCUGUUUCAGAGAUCCGGCACCUCGGUUGUGAAAAUGAAACCCAUGGAGGCUCUGAAUUUUCUGAAAGCAAAGCAAACGUCUGCUAAGAAAGAUCCUGGAGAGAUGGCCGGGUUGACUCAGAAGAGGGUGCGUAUUUGGGAGAACAUUGGACAUUCGAGAGGAGUUGGUGUGCAGGUGGAAGAAGAUAUUCACAAGGCUGCCGCUCAGUUUUUUGAACGACACAGUCUGGAAUUCAGAGAAUUCCUGGAGUUCACUGAGUCAUCUGAGGUUGAGUUUAAAAGCUUCCCAAAGGAUAAGGACAUCCUGGAAUUUGUUAGAGCGAAGCUGCCUGAAUACAUCUCUGCUUUUGCAAACACCAAAGGAGGAUACUUAAUUUUUGGAGUUGGCGAUGAUCGGAAGGUUAUUGGAUAUGAAGUAAAUUUACAGCCGGAGCAACUGGAAAUCGAAGUGCAGGAAACCAUUGAGAGUUUGGCCCACUUCCAUUUCUGCACGUCUUUAGAGAAAGUCACAUUUAAAUGUAAAAUCUUGCCUGUUUAUGAAGCAAACGGAACAAGGCAUGGUUACGUCUUUGCCAUACGAAUUGAGCCGUUUUGCUGUGCUGUUUUUGAGGCCACUCCGGAUUCCUGGAUUGUGAAAGAUCACCAAGUGAAGAAACUGGAAGUUGAUGAAUGGGCCGAGCUGAUGGUAGCAGAAGACCCAGAUCUUUCACAUUUUGUUGAUGGCUUCCAGAUCGAAUUGAGUAGGUGCCGUAAGUCUCCACUCACCAAAUCGGUAUAUUCUGCCAAAGGCCUCACCUGCACGAAGGAUCUUCAAAGCUCUCUGUGCCCAGGAGAUUCAAAUGGGAUAAUCUGUAAACCAGAAGAGCUCUGCGCAGAACUCUUCUCUGAGUAUGUGGGACUGAAGAGAAUUAUGAACAAAAAGAUGGAGGAACGGCAGUUUUCUAAAGGAGUCUUGAUCUUUUCAAGAAGCUGGGCUGUUGAUGCCGGACUCCAGAAACAUCCACAUGUUGCCUGUGAUUUCUUAAUAGCCACAGACACCGUUCCAGUGCUGUACACCAUUACUGUGGCUAAGGAUGAUUCUGUCUCUUCAACAAUCCCCGUGCCGGGAUAUUCAAGGGAUGUUGCCCGUAUAUUGAAGCAGAAACUAGUGAAUGAAGGGGGAUAUACUCGGAAAGUGUGUGUGGUUCCACACGUCAUUGAGCUUGGCACUCAUGGUGAGGUAAAGACAGAUUUGAGUUUGCUGGACACCUACCCUCCCACUUACGUGGUCUCCAGGAAUGAUUUAGAGGAACUGAUGCAAGCCCUUGUGAUUGUCUUGCUGAGGUUUCGGUCUGUCUUAAGUGACCGGCUUGGCUGUGAAUUUUUCAACCUUCUCACCCUCAAACAGUAUGAGAUCCUGACCAAGAAUCUGCACAAGAACCGCAAGCUGUUCAUCUAUGGCCUUCCAGGAUCGGGGAAGACUGUGGUGGCCUUGCAGGUCAUCGAGAAGAUGAGGAAUGUUUUUUGCUGCCCCCCCAGUGAAAUCCUUUACAUUUGUGAAAACAAACCUCUGUGUGAGACUGUGAGAAUGAAAAAUGUGUGCCAAGCUGUGACACGAGUCAGUUUUUUAAAAAGGAAAUACCUCCCGUCAGUGAAGCACAUCAUAAUUGAUGAGGCCCAGAAUUUCCGGUCCGAAGAUGGUGAUUGGUAUGGGCAAGCUAUGGAAAUCACACAAGAUGAUACUCGUAAGCCUGGUAUUUUAUGGAUCUUCUUGGAUUAUUUACAAAAAACACACCCUUUUGAUUGUGGCCUUCCUCCUCCGCAUGCUCAGCAACCUCAGGAAUGGCUAACUCUAGUGGUGCGGAAUGCCACUAAAAUUUAUGACACCAUGAAAGAACAAAUGAAUGAUAUACUAAGUUUUUCUAAUGGACAUGAUAUUCCUUAUGAACAGUUAAAAACUCUGGUAGAUGAAGCUCGGUGUGGUCACAGUCUAGAAGGUGUUUUAGUGAGACCUGAUGUGAAUGAUGAAAAUGCAAUAGCAGAUUAUAUAGUAACUAAAUGUCUUCAGUACUUCCAAGAUGGUUAUUCUGGAAAAAACAUUGCUAUUCUGUGCAGUACUGCAAUAGAAAGGGAUAAAUAUCGGCCCUUACUAACAUCUAAAAUGGCAAGACAGAUGAGAAAAUUAAAGCUGCUUGUAGACUUCACAGAAGCAGACGGCGCAAAGGGGGACAGCAUUGUUCUAGACAGUGCCCGUCGUUUUUCAGGCCUUGAAAAAAGUAUUGUGUUUGGUAUUUAUCCAUGUUCGACCUCACUGGCUAUUGCUGAAAAUCUGUUACUCUGCAUGGUAUCACGGGCCAACUUGCAUUGUUAUUUGCUGUACGAUUAUCAAUGAGUGAGGGUCCCAUGAGUGUGUCCAGUUCUUCCAAAAAUUGACAGGUCUUUCAGUUUUUAAUAUUUGUGGUAUAAUACAGACAGUGGCUUCAUGUAAAGUGUUUUAACUGUGUAAAAUAAUGUAGUGCCCUCACCUGGAUAGCCCAGGUGAGCCUGAUCUUGUCAGAUCUCAGAAGCUAAGCAGGGGCUGCCUUGGUUAGUAUUUGGAUGGGAGACCUCCAACGAAGACCAGGGUUGCAGAGGCAGGAAAUGGCAAACCAGCUCUGUUUGUCUCUUGCCAUGAAAACCCCGCCAGGGGUCGUCAGAAGUCAGCUAUGACUUGAGGGUACUCUCUACCACCAAAUAAUGGAGUAAUAUUCUAAUAACGCAGUGAGACUAAUUAAACAGCAUGGGUUGCAUGGCUAAAAUGUCUAAUGCCCUAAGAGGAACUUCUGUUAUAGUUGUCAGAUCUUCCCAAUUUUAAUGUAUUUUUGUAAUUCAGGUGGAAGUUAAUAAGAGUAUCAGUAUAUCAAAUUUUGUUCACUUUUCAGAAAUCACUUAUCUUCCUUCCAAUCAAAAUCUGGAUAUAUUCUGUUACUGUACACUUGUUCAGGGAGUUAUCAGCAGCCCAUCAGCACCGACUAAGAUUAGUAUAAUUAACAGCGCAUGGGGUCAUGAGAGAGGGGCUCCUGUAAAAGGGAUAGCCAGGAGAAGAAGCAUUUUUCCCUUAUGCAGUUGCAUUAGAUGCCUGCAAAAUGAAGGCAGGUACUGCCGGUUAAGGGUUUCUUAGCUAACUCAAUAUGUUUAUUUUCUUGCAUAUAUAUAUAAAAGAUAAGUAAACAAUAGAGGGCAUCCUGUUAAACAGACUUCUGCCUGCAAUGCUGAAGACCUAGCAGAGUUAUGCAUAAUCUCACAGACAUAAGGUUGCAGCCCGAUACUUUGCAAGUUUGCUUAGAAGCAACUCCCACUGGAUUCAGUGAGCUUGUCUGUAAUUUAUGGCUAUAUUUUAUGUGGUUUAUAUGGAACGGUCUGCCUGAAGAGGCCAGAUUUCCACAAACUGUGCAAAACUGAUUUAUCCAGGAGCACUUUCUUACACAGGUUAUGGGGAUGUGUUGCAAAGAAAUGGUUCAGAGAUGCAGUGGUACAGGGAUAGGGACUAUAGACUAUACUACUAUGUACUGUCUGUUGCUGUAAGUAUGCUCCUACUGGCUAGUUCUUCGCAGUUUUAUAUAUCAUCUAUCAGUUUGUUUCUUUUUAACAUUGUUUUUCAGGUGUGUAUUGGAUUUUUGCUUGUUCUCAAACUUCUACUCUCCUUACCCUAUUGUAUUGUUUAUUGAAUAUCCCAGACAAUGUUUGUAUUGAUUUAUAAUCCAGUGAGAAAUAAAGAUUAUAAAUAA